AUGAGAGACCAGGAACUAACGGGAGCAAUGGUAGUGGACAUUGGAUCGGGGAGUUGUAAAGUGGGGUAUGCCGGUGACCCAAUUCCCCAGUCACUGGUUGGGUCAGUGGUGGGAUACCCGAGAGGGAAGAGUAAACGUAACAACAUCGCUGUGGGCAAAAUGGUCUCAACCGAACCAGACCUCAAACUAGUUCGGCCGACCCGACAAGGAAUCAUAGUGGACUGGACAGCGGCCGAAGAUCUCCUUCGGCACGUAUUUUAUGAGGAUCUGAAGGUUUCGCCAGAGGAACACGCAAUCCUAAUCUCAGACCCCCCUCUCAGUCCCACGACCAAUAGAGAGAAGAUCGCAGAACUUUUGUUCGAGCGUUUCAAUGUCCCUGCCAUGCACGUCUCUUACCAGUCAGUGCUGGCUGUGUAUUCUUAUGGAAAAACCACGGGGUUGGUGGUAGAUUCUGGUGAUGGUGUCACCCAUUCUGUCCCCGUUCAUGACGGCUACAACAUGCCUGAUGCAAUCAGUAGAAUAGAUUUGGGCGGCCACGAUCUCACCACUUACCUAAUAAAGCUGCUCAGUGAGGCAGGUAACGCCUUUCAUGAGAAAGGCAGGUACAUAGUAGAAGACAUCAAGCAGAAAUGUUGCUAUGUAGCUGUUGAUCAGGACAAAGAGACAACCCUGACCGACCAAGAGUACCUUGUGGAUUAUGAGCUCCCUGAUGGUCAUGUUAUUACCAUUGGCAAGGAAAGGAUGAAAUGUCCAGAAGCUCUCUUCAAGCCAUCAGUCAUGGGAUCAAACCAAGAAGGUAUUCACACAAUGACCAUCAACAGUUUGAAAAAAGCUCAGCCUCAGAUUCAGCAACUCAUGUACGACAAUGUUCUGUUGAGUGGAGGGUCGACAAUGUUUGAGGGAUUUUAUUCGCGGUUCUGCAGAGAGAUUUUUGCUUUGGUUCCCAAAGACACAAAAACCAAUAUCCACGCUGUCCCAGAAAGGAAGUAUGCUGUCUGGAUUGGUGGCUCCAUAUUAGCCUCACUACAUGCUUUUCAGUCUUUAUGGGUUCGCCAGGAAGAUUAUAAAGAACGAGGCCCAUUCAUUGUACAUCGUAGGUGCUACUGA